CAUAUACUUGCGCGGCGCGCGCGCGUCACUGUAUUGAUGCCCCCCAGUCAGUCACUCUUUUCGGUCAGAGGAGUUUUUUCCCUUUUAAUUACACGCACACAAUCAGUGUACCGGAUCUGCUCCACGCAAAUACACACACAUACCGCAUACGUAGUAGAUAUUCGUUUUUUAUGUUGAUCGAAUCAAGAGAAAGAAUGUGUGGAUGGAUUAGACUGCAGAGACAUCUUUCUUCUUCUUCUUGAUCAAAGCCAUCGGUAAUCCCGUCUGAUCAACAUCAUCAUCCUUUCAGAAGCUUGUGAACGAUCUUUCAGUUACCUCUUUUUCAUCAAAGGAACACCUUACACAACCUUACACCAACACUUCAACAGAAAGGAAACGCUUGAUGUUUUAGUCAUAUAACUUAUCGAAUACAUCUCGCUAUUCGUGCCGAUAUAACAAAUAUAAUCAACACUUUCGGUAUCUUCUUUCGCCUUUAAUGUUUGCGACGGAUAAAAAGAUCUCUAGCGACGGUCGUGCCCCUUUGACUCCGCCUAGAAUGAACAACAGUUUACCUACUCCACCCACUUCGCAUAUCGAAUUAUCCAAUUCAACUCAACCGCCAAGAGGAACAUCCACAAAUUCGGAACAUCAUAUUCGUAUUGGAGAACCAUCCUCUUCAUCUCCUCCUCAAACCGUUCAUCAUCCAUCGCAAUCUCCUCCGCCAUCCAGUAUGGGAAACGGAGGUGAAGAUGCAGAGGCAAGUCCAUCUGUCGUUGCACAUCAUCGGAAGGUCAAGAGGAUAAGUUCUGGAGCAGCACCACACACAGCAGAUGAAUCAGUUCAGACGGAAGAAACAACAUCUCAUCAAGAGAGAGGAAGAUCAAGACAGCCACGUCAAAAUGGUCAUGCCCAUUCUCCAUCAAGGUCAAGGACGCCGUCUCCGAUUCUAGGGUCCGUGACUGGAGGAACGGAUGGUCGUCUCUCAUUUCAUGCAGCCCUGGAACCAACUCCAGAAGAAGUCCGAUCGCUCUUGUACGGUGAUGCAGACGGGGAGGAUAUAGCCAGACCCCGAUCGGUCGGGAAGGAAGAGAUGAACGGUCUAAUGCAAAGCUUGGCAGGUAUGGGACUUGAUAAUGUCGACGAAGAGAUGCAGUCUAGUGGCAGCUCAGUUUCACAAGAAAGACAAUUGGCAUCGAUGGUGAAGAAGCUCAUCAAACAUGCACAAAAGCAAGAUGAAUACAUUGAUCACAACGAAGAAGCAUUGCACAAUACAAGACUUCGUUCGAUCGCCAUGCUUUCGUCUUUGCGAACAACAUUUGCUCAUUCAUAUGCUGCAGAAUUUGAAUUGAGAGCUCGCUUGGAAGCUGAGUUGGAUGGUGUCAAGCUUCAAGCACGCAAGUUGAGCCAAUUAUUAAACAAAAGCGAGAGUCGAAAUGAAGAAUUGGAUCGUGAGCGUGCCAUGAGUGCAGAAGAGGAAAUUCUAUGGCAAGAGGAGAUGAAAGAUCAUGCCUCUGCAUACGCUCGUCAACAAGCAGCCAGAGCGAGAGCUGCUCAAACGGUUCAAAGCACACCGGGCAAUGCGAAUGGCUCAAUAGAAACACCUAGAAAGGAUGCAUCCACAUCGUAUGUCGAUGUCACCGCUGAAAAUGCAUCACGGCCUCCCUCUUCCGCUGUUCAGAGCACACCAGUCAAUGUGCUUGAUGAACCGUUUGAAGAACGAAAGGUGAACUCAUCUGGAGGCAACCUUCCACAAAGUGUUUCUGACAGUUCUUUGGCAGGAUUGGGAAUCUCAUCUGGCGCUGGACCAUCUGCUACGAUUGAUGCUCAAAACGCCCCAGCUGGCUCACCUCUUUCCACAAUUAUCAAAGAGCGUAACAAGCUGAUGGCAGAUAAACGUUAUCUCAAGAGCCGAAUGCGUGAUGCAGAAGCUCAACGUGAUCGAUUGGAAUUGGAGUUGAAAAGUUUGAGACCACUUUUGGUUCGUGGUGUACCUUCGAAGAAUACCGUUGCAUCUCAACUCACAGCGACACCUACCACUCCUGGCCGUUCACACAAGCGUGAUCGAAGCAAAAGAAGAAAGCAAGCCAUGAUGGGUGAUGCAGAGGCUGAACAUCUCCUUCUUGCCGCUCGUCGUUUGCAAAAGACAAGAUCGAACAAGGAAGUGGAAGAAAAUGGAAGACCUACAACCCCUCCUCCGACUGCUGCCACAAAUCCUCUUGCUCCAAGAACACCACGCACGCCAAAGAUCGCCCAUACACCAAAAUCAUCUGCUAUGCUAGAUUCUGUGACACAAAGUGGUGCAUCUUCUAGGAUGGCGCCUGAAAGCGUCAUUGCACCGAAUGCUUCCCCUCUUGCAGGCCGUAAUGGAUCGGUCGGUCGAUGGGGAUCUCAUCAACGUGUUGAUAGCGCUCGUUCGAUUGGCGGUAUUGAUGAUCUUUUACAGGCUGCUCAAACGGUGCUCACACCCGGCGAAAAGCUACGACAACAACAGGAACAAGAGCAGCGAAGAAACAGCGAGCUUCGUGGAGAGGAUGAUGAAGGCGACGCAGCGGAUGUCACGGCUAGGAACGACACGAUGGAAGAUGAACGCUUCCCUCUGCAAGAUAACAGAUUUGCUCAUUUGGACAGAUCUUUGCAAUCUUCAGUUGAUGAAAGUCCAAAGCGAAGGCGUGUAUCUAGUGUGGCUUUGGAAGCGGAUCGCAGACAUUCUGCCAUUCUGAGCUCGCCUGAGAAAGGAUCAUUUUCUACCCUUUCUCGUCGUUUGCGAACCCAUACAGAGGGAGCUGAUCCACAUUCGUCACAAAUGCCAAAUGCAAGUCAAGCUUCUGCUUUGAGUGCAUUGGACUUGCUUGCUGACCAAGCUGCAGCUAGUCAACAACCUUCACAAAGUUCUGAGCAAUCACAUUCGGGUGAAGGAGAGGCUUUCAUGGGCGGUAGAUCAGACGAUUCAGAUGACGGAAUGCACGUUGAUCAUAUGGGACCUAAUGGAACGCCUCAGAUGGGCAACCAUUACUAUCCACGAGGAGCAUACGGUCAUCCAUACGCACAUCCCCCACCCAUGGGUCACGAGGCAUACAGGCUGAACACUCAACCUGGCGCAUACGCAUAUGGACCGGGUGGAUCGCCUGUUGCCAUGUCAUCUUCACAAGGAUGGACGUCACAGAACAUUCCUCCAGGCAGGAAUGGAAUCUAUAGCCCACCUGCAGCACAUCAUGCCAGAUUUGCAUUACAAAGUGGACCAAGAAUCAGUUCAGGGUUCGUGACAAACAUGCAAGAUGGUCCUAGAUUGGCAAAAGCGAAUCAAAUGAUGAAUGUGAAUAUGAUGAACGGUGGUGCGGUUGAUCCAGGCUACAGUGAUGAUGAAAGUGUAGGUACUACACAACGUACACCUCAAAAAGGCGGUAAUACAAGCCCAGAUAAACGUUUACCGUAUGUUCGUUGGUCAGAAGAGGAAGAUCAACGGUUGAGAAGGGCGAUCAAAGAGUUCGGGCAGAGAUGGGAAUCGGUGGCCCGCGUGGUAGGAUCGCGAACGUAUCAUCAAUGUCGUCAACGAUAUUUGCUCAUGCGUCGCAAGGAGGCUGCGGCCAAAGAAGGACACAAUGGAUCUGGAGAUGAUUUGAGGGCAUGAUUAUGUUUCUUGCGUUUUUCUUUUAAUGCCGGAUUGCUACAGCUGGAAAAAUUUAUCUGCAUGAUUUUUUGCUUAUACGGAAAACAUUUUUGCUCUACAUUAAUUAUUCAAACUGGCUCUCUCCAAUGCUUGAGCUGCUUUCCCUGUGUUUUUUGCGAACUUAUAUCACUACUUUUUGGAUUUCGACAACAAUGUAUUACAAACCCAAUAUGAAUCGAUGUAUAAAGAGCUUU